GAACACCGACAUCAUCCUAGUGGUACUCCUUGAAAUCCUGAAACUCAUGUGGUCUUAACUUUAAGUUUCAGCUUCCCGUACCAAUAACGUUGGGCAUCGAACGGUCAACUCAUUAAGAUAGUCAUCUGACACGAAGUUCUCACAAUUUUCCGAAUCUUCUGCUGUUUGUCAAAUCUUCAACUACAAACAGUCCAAUGCUCAGAACACUAACAAAAUUGCCUACUCGUCCGCUGCGUAUCUAUGCACCCCUGGUACCCAGACAUCGUCGGCUCAAAUCACAGAGUUCGAGCAAUCAACCCACCUCAUGGCGAAAAGAUGCAGCUGCGGAUCAACCCAUGCUCAUCGAGGACCCCUUCACCCAAUCGACAUUGUUUACCCUGGACUUUUUCAAGCGCCUGGCCAAAUUUUCCCUUGUGGGUGUUUUGGCACUCGGGAUCACUGGCUGGACAGUAUUCGAGGGUUUACAUAUGUGGGUAGAGAAUGUCGAACUCGCAUGCGAUCAGGAUGGUGAAGUACGCAGGUGGGAGUGGGAUCACGAGGCUGAGAAGUGGUCAGGCGGGGACAAGGGUGGGACAGACACGGCACUCGGGUUCAAAGGCAGGCAUGCUAUUCGUAGCGCUUGGAUCGCCGAGAACUGGGGGACGGGCUCAGGAGCGAUCAUCAGCCGCUCGAACACAUUUUCGCGACGAGGCUCCCAGGGUACAGGUAGUCUCGACGUCAUAGAGGCUCGCCUGGAGGUCGCCCAAACAUUUAUGGCCCUUGCCAUCAGCAUUGCCGAAAGCAACGUGUCGUCCGGAAAAUUACGCCCACAAACUAUAGGCGAGCUACUCGUCCGCCACGCUUCUAUUCUCGAGCGUAUGGGGACGAGGGGUGCACUUUUACAGGCCCGGCCCUGGUAUGAGCGAGUGUGGGCUGGACUGCCCGCCAAGGGUACGGAUGCUGCACGAGUUGCAUUAAAACUCGGGGACCUUGACUAUCGUCUCGGGGACUUCGACGACGCGCUUGCAUGGUGGGCGCGGAGCAUUAGCCUCACCCAGGGCACUCAGGAGACAAAUCUUUCGGCUCCUGAAUUAACACAGACCAUCCCCUCAUCUCCGUGUGCACAACGCACGCUUGCCUCCACGUUGAUAUCACUUUCCGCCUACUAUUCCACCUCUGGUCACCUUAAGCAAGCGCAGCAUGUACAGGAGUCCGGACUCGAUCUCCUCCGCUCGAUUCCGUCUCCUUCCAGAAUUUCAACGGCAUCUCCACCACAGGCAUUGCAUUCACUAUUUCUACUUCACCGAUCGUCUCUGCUUUCCAUUCACCUGGCAGAAGUUCUCUACGCCCUCCGCGCAGCACCCGAACAGUCCAUACAAUGGCUCACGCGCGCUGCAGAAUCAUCUGAGCGAGUUGCUCUCGCCCUUGCAGGUCUCCCAUUCACCCAUCCUGAUGCACCAGGCUCGGCAAUUCCCCAUCCGCCCGCCUCGGAAGCAUCCCUAGUCCCAGUGUAUACCAAAUCGAAUGCAAUGCGAAAACCAGCUAAAAGCCUCCUCCGCGAUGCUCGCCGGACUGCUGCCGAAGCCUGGAAUCUCAUGGGUAUACUGAAAGAAGGCGAGAAAGAUGGUGCGGAACGCGCCCUUGAGUGUUAUGAACGCGCUCUAGGGUGGGCAGGUAUCGCAGCAGAUCGUUCUGGCGGCAUUGGUGAGCCUGGGGAAGGCACACCAGAAGCAGAGUGGAAAGUGCUUUGGAAUAAUUAUGUUCGUGUGCGCGAAACGACCCGGAAGCAAACGGAGAAGAAAACAAUGCCCUAGAUUGAAUUCGUCAUUUGCCGUCCAUGGCUGGAUAUUUCACGCAUCUUAUCUGCAUCGUACUAUUCUCAAUUAAGAUAUGUUAAGUAUGAUGCGCAUGGCUCAUGAUAAUCAAGUGACGUUUUUAU